CCCCUGUAUUCCCGAGCCCGCGGCGGCGGCCCUGCAACUGAGGAGACCACGGGCGGCCUUACACCGGCCGGGGGUCCCAGUCCUUGUCGUGGGGCCGGGUGCCCAGGGACUCAGUGCUGCACAAAUCCGAGGACGCCAGGCUGUCCCGUGCCAGAGCAGCCUGUGAGGACCACCCCUACCUCCUCCCCAGACUGCACCGCACACCCCGCGCCCCUAGAGGGCUGCGCCCUGGCGCGCACUUAUGAAGAGUGACCCCGCGACCUCCGCAGCCCCCCUGAGGGCGCUCGGGGGCGCCCUGCGGAGCAGCGAGCCCGUGCGUGCCGCCCCGGCCCCAUCGGCGGCCGCGCUUCUGCUGGAGGAGGCGGCCGACCUGCUGGUGGUGCACCUGGACUUCGGCGCGGCGCUACGCACUUGCGAACGCGCCUGGCAGGGCCUGGCGGAGGAGCCGGCGGGCGCCUCCUUGGAGGUGAAAUGCUCUCUGUGUAUUGUGGGCAUCCAGGCCCUGGCAGAAAUGGAUCGGUGGCGGGAAGUCCUGUCCUGGGUUCUUCAGUAUUACCAGGCUCCUGAGAAGCUUCCCCCCAAAGUCCUGGAACUGUGCGUUCUUUUAUACAGCAAAAUGCAAGAGCCGGGAGCCGUGGUGGAUGGCGUUCGUGCUUGGCUUCAAGACCCUGACAACCAGGGCCUUCCAGAGUAUAGAUCCUUAGCAGAACUUCACCUGCAGCGGGUGCUGCUUCCUCUGGGCCUCCUGUCAGAGGCUGAAGAGCUGGUGGUGGGCUCUGCGGCCUUCAGCGAGGAACAGCGGCUGGACGCGCUUCAGGCCAUUAGUGCAGCGAGGCAGCAGCAGACACAUGGGCGCUCUGGCUCUGAGGAGACGCGGACACUAAACCAGGAAGACUCCUCCUCCCCCCACAAGUUCCUGUCACUACUGACAUUGCUGCGCCAGCUUUGGGACUCUGCAGUCAGUCACUUCUUUUCUCUGCCCUUCGGUAAGAGCCUGCUGGCUGCCUUGCUCCUCUGUCUCCUGGUGCUGAGGUUUGAUCCAGCUGACUCAGAUCUUCCAGCGGAUCCGCGAGGCCGUGUCUCCUCCUCUCUGCCAGCUUCCCAUCCAGCACUGAGUGGUCUUCCCUGCUCACCUCAAGCCCCUGCGCCCCAAGACUGUUGGAGAAGCGGAGUCACCCGUCCUCGGCAGCCUGUUUCCUGCAGCUGGAUGGGCCCUGCCAGUGCGGCCAGCCUAAUUCCAGGGGAAGCUGACCUGGCUGGGGCACUGUGUCGGGCUGCCUCAACGCCCUCCCCUUUGCACCCAGCUCUGGCGGGCCUGGCAGGUAUUGUGGAGACAAGCCGCACAGCCCUGCAGAGGCCCCUGCAGAGGAGGGGUUGCGGGAGGGGAGUGCUUCCUCCCUGACAUUCCUUGGCACUAUCCGUCUUACUACAGAGGCAGGGGUUGAUCUUUCAGGCCAGAGGUUCGUGCAUUUGGAAAUUCAGGGCAAGGUCCUGGCUGGCAGACCUUGGCCUUUCACUUGCAUGGAACACUUAGCUCUGAAGGUGGCCCACGGGACAGGCUCCAUAGUCUGGUCUGGUUUAUCACUCCCACCUCCCCACCCAGCCCCGAGCUGUGCCGUGGGCUGCUCUCUGCUCACACCGAGCGUGGCUUCCUGAGCCUCAGGUCCUCUUCCGACGGGAUAAGGGGAUCUGGGUAGCUGCCUCCUGGACUGAGUUCAGUGUUCCAGCCGUCAGUGGCCAAGCGGAGCUGGGUGAGGAGGUGUCUCUGCCCUCUCCCUCCUGUUGCCCCUUCCCUCCUGCUGCCCUCCCACCCCCCUCAAGGUGAUGGUUUGUGCUGCCUUGCUGGUCCUUCACCAGUGUCUGCUGCAUCCUUGGUACACACUGUGGCUGGCUCCCCCCUUUCUGUGUCCUGUUCUAGUUAUGUUCUGCUGUUCCUAUAAUGCACAAGUGUUUCUGCUCCUGUGUCCUUGGAAAGUAGGUCAGCCUCAAAAGCUGAUGCACUGAAAAUGGAGCGGAUAAUCAGGGGAGCUGGAAGGAUGUGUGGAGGGGGUUGGGCAGAGGGGAGGCUUGGGAGGCAGUGAGCGAUGUUCUUCCUUGUCUAGGGGUGGGAGACACUAGGGCCCUGGUGGUUGUGCAGCUGGAAUGUUUCAGCACUUUCUGUCUGGGCACAAGAAUCCUCCCUGUCUCUCUGCGGCGACAUGGAGGCCGUUGCUGUGGGGCUGGGGGUGGAGGCACUUAGCAGGCCAGGAAAACCAGGGGCUUAUCAGCUUUGCAUUAAGACCCUCAGGAGCUCCAGGUCAGCGGCAUCUCUUUCAUAGAAUGAUUGAGUGAGUAGACUUCAGGCCCUGGGAGGUUAAGUCCUAGGGUGUCGUAAAACAUGCUGAGAGAAAGGGAGCUGAUCAGGCUUCGGGAUUUCUCCUUUACAGUGAUUUUUAAAACCUGGUCCUGUUCAUGCCCCAGAUAGAACUCUUUAGUGGUUUCCCCUGGCCUGAGGGUAAAACCCAGGUUCUUACGGAGUUUAGGGACCUUGGGCACUAGUUUUGGACAACACCCCCACCUCACGUGGGGCCUAAUCCAGCCGCUGGCAGUUAGGGUUUUCUGAGCACUGCACCCCCACACCUCUUAGCUUCUGCACCUGCUGAUCCUCUGGAGGCCCAGCUCCCCUCUCUCCUGGUGGGUCACCUCUGGGAAUCCUCUCCCGGCCCCUGUUUCAUAUACUUUCUGCAGUGGUGGCCCCAUGCCUUGUGGCUGUGGGAUUCUGGGGCCUCUUUGAAGCUGGGGAGUGUGACUGCAAUGUUGAAAUGGGGGGAGGGUCCUGCCCUCCCACUAAAUGGUGUGUGGCUGUUGGGAAGUGAUUUAACCUCAUCUGUAAGGUGAUUCUCCUCUCACAGGGACUUUUGUGUGAGUUGGGUGAGUAAAUGAGCCUCCAGGGCAGUGUUAGCAGGUUCCUGCUCCAGGUGGAAUGGAGCACCAUGAGGGAUGACUGUGUUGUCACUGCCCAACUGAGGGCCGGGGAUUAGAAGGUGUUUAGAGGCAUGCCAGAGAAUGAGUGGAUGUAACUGACGUGACAGGCAGCCUCUGCUCUGGUGUGGGAGAGGGGGGUUGUGUUGUGGAAACCCUGACUUCUGUCACCCCGAAGCCUGUGUGACCCUGCUCCAGGCCUCGGGCAUCUUGGCUUCCUGUUCGCCUGGUGCUCUGCAGUCUUGUCUGGCAUCCAGCCCCAGCUGCCCUCCUCGUCCGGCAAGGACCCGCUGCUCGAGUGGCUGGGCCUCAUCUGGGGGUGCAGCUGCAGCUCCGGCUGGCCUCAGCGCGGAGCCGGAUGACAUCUGAGGCGAAGGGCGGGCCACCUGGUCACUCCAGCACCGGUGCUGGCCAGGGAGGUCCCCACUAGCUUCCGCUGCCUUCCAACCCUUGUGUGGCUGGUCCAAAUCAAGGUGUUGUGUAAAUAUAAAAUAUAACACUGAUUACAAACACAUAAAGCUAAAGAGUGGAGACUCAGUAAUUUUUAUAUUGAUUGCGUAUUGCAAAUCAAGAUGUUGUGUAAAUAUAAAAUAUAACACUGAUUACAAACACAUAAAGCUAAAGAGUGGAGACUCAGUAAUUUUUAUAUUGAUGGCAUAUUGAAAUGAUAACCUGCAUAUAUUGGACUAAAUAAAAUCUUUUACUACCUGUUUUUUCCA